AAGCCCCAGCCCCCUGUGCCCGGUAGCACUGCACUCUGUACGCCUGCCUGGCUACGCAGAGCCCCCUGCCCAGUCGGCCCUGUGCCCCAGAGCCCAUUGACCCCCCCAGCCCUGCACCCUAUAGCCCUGUGCCCGGGGGGCUGCACCCCCAAGAGCUGCUCUUGCCCCUCCAGUAUCUGUCCCUGCACCCCGGGCUGUCGUGCACAAGUUCCCGAGCCCUGCCCCGUCCCUCACCCUGCAGCGCUGUCAUGCAGCCCCGUCCCUCACACACCCUGCAGCGCUGCCAUGCAGCCCCGUCCCUCACACGCCCUGCAGCGCUGCCAUGCAGCCCCGUCCCUCACCCUGCAGCGCUGCCAUGCAGCCCCAUCCCUGCAGCGCUGCCAUGCAGCCCCGUCCCUCACACACCCUGCAGCGCUGCCAUGCAGCCCCAUCCCUGCAGCGCUGCCAUGCAGCCCCGUCCCUCACACACCCUGCAGCGCUGCCAUGCAGCCCCGUCCCGCACCCCGCCUGUUCACACGGAGGCCCUGAGGCUGCGCCUGCCCUCGGGCACCCCAGAAGCUCCUCCCGGGUGAAGCGGGGCUGCGCCGGGCCUGGUCGGGCUUCGCCUGGGCGUGAAGGGAGCCUGGGAGCAGGAGGGGCCAGGCGAGGCGCAGGAAUGCGAGUGGGAGAGCGGCCGGGCAAGUAGCGACAGCUCCUGCGAGCGCGGAUCCCACACGCGGCUCGGGCAGGGAGCGGAGCCCGGCACGGGCCGGAAUGGGGCUCCCCGAGCCUCAGCCCCUCUGAGAGCCGCGGCGGGAGCGGCCAGGCCCGGGGCAGCACGGCCACCGCGGGUCCCGGCCCCGGGAGCUCGGCUGGGAUUGCCCCGGCAGGGUAAUGCCCGGCUGGGCCGGCGCAGGGUGCUGAGGACCCCGGGCCCGAGCAGCCGUGAUGACGCCUGAGAAGGUGCUGAGGGAGGGGCUGCUGGAGAAGCGGAGCGGGGGGCUGCUGCAGCUCUGGAAGAAGAAGCGGUGCCUGCUGACCGAGAAGGGGCUGCAGCUCUUCGAGCCCAAGGGCUCGCGGCGCAAGGAGCUGAGCUUUGCCCGCAUGAAGGCCGUAGAGUGCGUGGAGUGGAAGGAGCGGCACAUUUACUUCACGGUGGUGAUGGACGACAGCCUCGAGAUCGAUUUCCGCUGCGCCCAGGAGGACCCGGGCUGGAACGCCGAGAUCACCAUGGGGCUGGUGCGCUUCAAGAACCAGCAGGCGAUGCAGGAGGUGCGCGCCCGGCACAGCUGCCGAGCAGUGGCGCAGCUGGACACAGCCCCAGUGGGGCAGCCCCGGGAAUCGCAGCUUCCCAGGAGCCGGAUGGAGAUGGCCCUCGGCUCGGCAGGCGCUGGGGAGAACGGGAUCCCUGCGGGCAAGUGAGGUCACCACUGUGCAGCCCGGGAACGAGGACAGUGGCCCGGGGAGGCCGGUGCUGGCGCUGGCUCCCCCCUUGCCGGGGCAGGACAGAGGCACCGCAAGAGCUGGGCUGGCACAGCCACCUCCCCUUGGCACAGCGGGGCACAGGACACAGGCAGGGCCACCACCUGGCACUUCAGACAAGGCAGGAGGUGACAUCCCUGCCUGGGGCCCCACCACCCUUCAUUCAGCUGUGUGCAGGACCUUGGUGUACUGCUGGGGACCCCAGGCCUCUCCUGCAGGACGGGAUGGAUGAGGCUGUGCCUGAAGGAUCCGUGACACAGGGAGCUCUGCCUGUGUGACAGUGGCACUGGGACAGACGGAUGUGGCUGGGUCCCAGUUUUAAAAAGGGGCUGGAAAGCUGCUGCUGCAGCAGGGACCCCUCAGCAGGGCACUGAAACGAUGGUGUGGUGACACAGCCGUGCUGCUGGACAUUGUCUCACUCAUUGUCUGGGAUGUCCUUGGGCUGUGGGGGAAUGCUGGGGACCCCAAUUCCCUGUACCAAAACUGUCCCUUAAGAAGACUUUCAGCUUCUUACC